ACAUCUGGUUUGACCUUACCUAAAGUGAAAAGUCAACGCGGUGGCAAUCCUGUAAUUACUUUGAAAAUUGUCUAAAAUAAUAUUUCAUCUGACCAUAAUAUCCUCAGAUGUAAGAAGUCAUUCAAGUGAAUAAAGUCUCUCUCACACACAUUUGGAAAAACACGCAGAACCCCUAAAUUCAUUCCCUCUCUCACGAACUCAUUCCCUCGUUGAAGCCGUCUCCCAUUCUCGCGCAGCUCUCACUGAAACCUUUCUUUCCAUGAAGUUCAAACGCAACUCUCACAAAAAUCCUCACUGAAAAUCCCUCUCUCACGAAGCUCUCACUGAAACCCUAAAGCUGAUUCACGAAUCGAAGCUCAAUCACGAAGAAAUGGGUACUGAUUCAAUUUCUAAGCUCAAACUUUGGAUAGCUCUCAGUGGUUGGGUUGAAGGCAUAAGGACCAUAGACAGUAUAGUCGUUGCUUAUGGUAAAGGAAAAUUGACAAGCUUCUUGGCAGAUCUCGAUGCUGUUUUUGAUGUGAUACCAGCAGACAUGGUGGUAAAUGCAAUUAUAGUAACUAUGAUGGCUCAUGCAAAUCAACCUAGUGAUGAUCAUAUGAUAUAUCAUGUUGGUUCCUCUGUUAGAAAUCCAAUAACAUACCGUACUUUUAGAGAAUAUAACUUUAAAUAUUUCACGGUAAAACCAUGGAUAAACAGGGAUGGAAAACCGGUUAAGGUUGCCAGAGGUACUAUGUUUAACAACUUGGCUAGCUUCCGCAGAUACAUAUUCAUACGUUACUUGCUUCCUUUAAAGGUAUUAGAGCUGAUCAAUAAACUUAUGUGCCAAUAUUUUCAAGGCAUAUGCCUCGAUCUUAAUAGGAAAAUUAAUACUGUUAUGCGGCUGGUCGACCUUUAUCUACCAUACUUAUUCUUCAAUGGCAUCUUUGAUGAUAUGAAUACACAAAGGUUGCUAUCAGCUGCAAAACAAGAAAAUGUAAAAAUAGAUUUAUUUUACUUUGACUCUCAAAUAAUUGAUUGGGAAGAUUAUUUUAUGAAUAUCCAUAUUCCCGGUAUCUUCAAGUAUGCCUUGAAGUGAUGUUUAUAUGAUCAAACAGUUCACUAUUUGCACCCUUUUUUUAUCCAAAAAUAAAUG